UUAACCUAGGGCUCGUACAACAAAGUUGAAAAUUCCACAAUGAGUUUCGCCAAUAAAGUGGUGAUCGUUACGGGAGCAAGUUCUGGCAUCGGUGCUGCAGUUGGCAUCAAAUUCGCUGAAGAAGCUGCUAACGUUGUACUAGUAGCACGCAAUCAAGAAAAACUUAAAGAAGUCCUCAAGAAAUGUGAUAAACACCGUGGUAAAGCCAUCAUGGUGAUCGCAGACGUCACCAAGAACGAAGACAUAAAGAAAAUAAUAGCGCAGACCAUUAAUCAGUUUGGAAAAAUUGAUAUUUUGAUCAAUAACGCAGGAGUAGGAGGCAAAGCUGCGGUCUGGGAUACGAAUGCUAUGGAAGUUUUUGACAAAGUGAUAGCUACAAAUCUUCGUUCCGUGGUCUACCUGACGAACCUAGCAGCUCCUUACUUGAUCCAGACAAAGGGCAACAUAGUCAACAUCUCUAGUAUUGCAGCCGUAAGUGUGAUCACAGCUGAACAUUUUGCUUAUUGCACUUCGAAAGCUGGUUUGGACCAUUUCAUGAGAUCAGCUGCUCUUGAUUUUGCUCCGAAAGGUGUGAGGAUCAACUCUGUAAACCCAGGGCCUGUGAGGACGGAUUUCGUUCAAAAUCUUGGUGUGGGUAAGGAUGAAGCUAACAGUUUUUGGGAUAAGAUGAAGGAGGCGACUGCUCUUGAUAGAAUCUCAGAGCCUGACGAAAUAGCUGAUGUAGUGUUGUUCUUAGCUAGCGACAAAGCGGUAGCUAUUACUGGUUCGUCCUAUAUAACUGAUAAUGGAUGUUUGUUGAGGAGACCGUUUAAGGAACUGUAACAUUUUGAACUUCGUUACAAUAUUUUAAUCAUAGUAUUUUAUUUCAUUACUGUCCUUUUUCAAUUGUCAGAAUAGACCCUAAAGAUUCCUAUGAUAUUAAUGGAAAUCUAACAUGCUUAUGUGUGUGUAUAUUAUUUUGUUUUUCUAUUUAAAUAUUAUUUAAUCAUGUACCUAAUGAUUUCUUGAUUAUAACUCCAUUUUAAAAUA